AUAGGAACAAAGAAGUUCAAGCCAGUUUUGUUUAUUAGACCUGAUCCGGCCAGGUCAAACCCCACUCAGCAAAUACACUCUGCCUCAUAUAAAUCGCGAGGCUAUGGAGACAUAUUCCAAUCCAAGAUUGAAUCCGGACCACGACCCAAUACACGGUGCUUCAGCGCAAGUUCGAGUUUAGGGAGAGCAAAGGCUACACAACAUCGUCGUACUGGGGAAAGAUCUCCCGUUUCCCCUUCCUUUACCAUCAGUCCAUACGACGAACAUACAGGCCGGAUGGGGAACCUAUAUCUCUUCAACAGUUUGCCGCAGCCUACUCCAACACAUGCGUGGACAAAGCUCGAUAACGGCAUUAAAGAAGAAAAACAAUCACCGUUCUGGAAUGUGGAAAAUGCACUACCUCCACAAGUUUCUGGAGUUGAAAGGGUCAGCGUGGAUCGACAGGCGAUACGGGAGAUCACAACUAAGGAGGUAGAACUAAAAGCCGCUCUCGCUGGUGUGCCUUCUCCACGUACACCAGAUGCACUGUUAAAGUCUCCGAAAUUGCUCUCCCCGCUGUUGAUAAGCACAAAGUUGCUCGGUAAUACCCCCAAUAUCGGGAACAGCAAAUCCCCGUCUCCGAGACCCAGUCCUAUAACGGAUAAGCUUUCAUGUAUCGCAGCCCCACUUGAUCUGGCCGAAUAUGAUCAAUCAGACGAUCUGUCGGCGAGUUUUGAGGCAAGUCUUCUUGCUAGUUUGAAAGAGGCAGCCACUGGUGCGGCUUGUCGACAGUCUGGCCUGGAAUUAGGCAUGGAGGCGAACGGGAUAUCUAAUGCAUUUACGACGACAAUAGGCAAAAAGCAUGCAGAGGUGUCUGAAAAACAGCAAGGGUGUCCAGCCGAACUGAGACCUCGUUUAAAUAUUCCUCCCCGUCACAGUAAACCCGGCUUGAUUGGGAAUUCGCAAACCCCUGAAAAUUUGCAGCUUCGAAAAUUAAUAGAGAACGAAUUUCAAACGGACAUAAGUUAUAGUGAUGAUGAUACUUCAAUGGCCACCACAACUGCUGGACUCGGCUCUUUGCUUGACAGUCCUUUCCCCGAGAGCUACGUUGAAGGAAGAAAGAAGGAAUAUCCUGGAUUCCCAUCAAGCAAGGGUAGUUUCAAUCCAGAAACGAAAUUGGGAGCUCCAUUGCUAUACACCGAUGGCAUUUCAGUUCAUCCGAGUCAUCCAUCGAAUAGUAGGCAACAUGCUGACGAGGGGCCAAGCAGCAGUACUACAAGCUCGUCUUGUUGGCAGUUGCACUCAGCUUCCUCCGAACCUAACUUGGUAUCAGGAUCCGUGGAACCGGUUUGUUUACCGAACAAUCCACUUCUUCCUGAACUUACUAACAGUGCCCCAACCAACAACCCUUCUCCCACUGGUCCCGGUGAUAUCGAUUCGCCGGAUAAAUGCAUACAGGACACUGUAUUGGAAUUGCUCUAUGAUGCCGUUUUGGACUGUUACUACGAUCCAAGUUCGGGCGUAUAUUACGAAUUGGCUUAAUGAGAGUUGGUUGGAUUUAGCUGAAUGACGAGUUCUUUUGCUAUUCCUUACUAUGUAUCCUUUCACAAAAUGUUCUUAGUUCUAAGCACAAUCAUCCAUGCACUGAAUUUGAAUUCAUCCUAAGCUUGAAGUGGACCGAAGCACCAUCAAAUCUACCAAGCUUUCAAACGACACCGUCAUUUGUUCUAACCGACAGGAUAACAAAAGCGCA